AUGGAAAAUUUUACGAGAAAUCAAUCAUUUUACACUACGUCCACGACUUCCGUUGUUUGGUUUUCCGAGGAAGAUAACAAAUCCAUUCCCAUGGCUUGCUUGUAUGCGGUAAUUUCUUUCAUUGCGGUAUUCGGAAAUCUUCUGGUUAUUACAGCUGUUUGUCGGGAUCACACGUUACGCUCGUACACCAGUAAUUACUUCUUAGCAAACCUGGCGGUGGCGGACUUUUUCCAGGGUUUGAUUGCGAUUCCCUUGCGAAUACUGGAAGUGAUGGCGGUAGGUUACAACCCGCACGUAUUUUGUAGAAUUGCAAUUGCCACAGCAAUAUUGUUUGGCAGCAGCUCAAACUUGGCUAUCCUGGUUAUAAGCAUUGACAGAUUUUUUGCUGUGCAAUAUCCAUAUACAUAUGUUAGAUACUCAAACAUAAAAUGCAUAUACAUAGCGAUCGCUUGUUCGUGGUCGGUGGCUGGGUUGUUGAGCAUCAUGGCUGCUACACCCCUGGUGUGGCUUAUACCAGUUGUUUCAUCAAGAGUCUGCCGCUUUCCCAUUUACUUAAAUCAAGAUUACAUAUUAGGAAUGUACGUUAUUGUUCACGCUAUUCCAAUUGGUACAGUUGUACUUUUAUACGGGUUUAUUCUCAAAGCCAGCUUGCGGCACGUGCGCAGAAUUCACGUGCAAGAACUUGCUGUUCUCGAAAGUAAUGCACAGUACAUGAACGGUCAUCGUAGCAACAUUAAAGAAAUGUCUUCCGGUACAAUCAGAAGAAAAAAGAGACAUUGUGAAACCAUCAAACAGAAGAAAGCAGCCAAGACUGUCUCUAUAAUAGUUGGCCUUUUUAUUCUUCUUGUAGUUCCGAUCAUUGCUAUCGACUUGGCUGAGAUGUUGGGUGCACCAUCAGCACCUGAAAUGUUGACAAGAUUCUGUGUUUUUAUGAUAUAUGCUAAUAACUGUGUCAACGUUCUUGUAUAUGCCGGAUUUAAUCAGGACUUUAGGCGAGCUUUUAAAAAGAUACUUGUUCAGUGUUUUCGAUGCAUUUUUGGAGAAAGACCAUGCAGACCGAUUGUUUCGGUCAUGAUGUGAACAUUUCCAAACAGCAAAUGUUAGCAGUAGUGAACUUAUCUACCAAUUCAAGUUUCAGAGUGUGAUGGAUUUUUGCGUCAGAGUAGAUAGCUAAAAUCGUUUCCAAAUGUUUCUUGUGGAUAUAGCCCAGUGAUUGCACACCUUAAGUUAAGGGCAUUGGCCAAACACAAAUGACAUGUUUAUUUUUUAAGACAGCAGCAGGUGUUCAUGACUUCAGGGAGACUACACUUUGAAAAAUCGAGUCUUUAGUUAUAAACGCACUGUUGUCUAUUUGAACUUAUCCAAGAAGAAAAAAACAUAUUCAAUAAAAUCAACAUGGCGUUCAACGACAUGCAGUUUUCAGAGAUAUAAGCUCGCAGUAUGUGUACAUAUACUAAACGACAUGGGGCAUCAAGUUCACUAACGCCAUGGUAAAGAAAUCAGCGGAAAAAAAAAAUAUAAAAUACAAACUAUCUUUUUUAAAUCUUCUCGCGGGAAUCACGUAUCAAAUAAUGGUACCAAUUAAUUUAUUAAGAUAAAAAAAAAACUUGGGCCAUUAUGAACACUAAUAAAUUCAACAAAAAUAGAGAUGAACACGAAGGAGAGACAGAAAACUAACGCAGACCCGCGACUUUGGUUACAACGCUAAUUUAACAAAAAAAAUAAUAAAAUAUUGAAAAAAAAGUUCCGAAGCCUUUCUCUAAAAUAUCCUUCACUGCGGGAAGAGAUUGUCGUUAAAUAACAAAAUUGUCUGUGAUAGUUUUAAUUUUUUUUUUUUAUUUUGAUGCCACGUACCUAACGUGUGAAUGAUCUCCAUCGAAUGUUUUGGAAAAGCGUAAAAGUUCAAAACUAAACUGCGUCAUUUUAAAUUCUGCGGCCGAAUACGAAUGGCGAUUUUUCUUUAAAAUCAUGAAUCAACAAUGGAGAAUGGAUGCAUUGCUCAAUUUUGUCAUGAUCACUGACUCGCAUGACCAAUGAUUGUGGAAGUCAUGCUAAAACGUUGUGCUAAUCAAUUUUUUAAAGUUAAAAGUUUGCUUCUUAUCCCUUUGUUGGCGUUCACGCGAGUGCUGUUGUUACAGUACUCCAUUUUCUUAACGUCUUCCGUUUGUUACAGCUCUGCAUUACGAUUUUAACCUUUCAACGCGAGGCAACUUUGAAUGAGAAGUAUGUCAAUGGGUGUCAAACAUAAAAUUUCUUGUUGAUUCAAAUCAAGGAAACGCUUUGUAAUAAAAUGUUGAAUAACUGGUUACAGAUGAAGGCAAAAACAUCGCACGAAUAUUUUAAUUAAGAGUGCAUUGGUCUAGCCAAGUAACCGCAAUCACUGAUUUAAAGUCAUUCGGUGUGAAUCUGAGAGACAUGAAUUUUAUUUUAGAGUAAGUAAUGAUUCUUCUCUUCCCCAAAGUAAAAUAGUUCCAGGCUUAUCAAAAAUAAUCAUUGCUCAAUGUUUCUACCGAUUUUUUUAUUUCCCACUAUGAUAUUUAUUGAAGUUAUUCAAAGGAAAAUAUUGGUCCACCCUCAUGACUAAAACUUCUCCCUUUGGUCAAACCAUGAUGCUUUUCAUUACAGGGUAAGGAAAAUCAGUGGCUAUUAGGUACUUUUUGGCUAUAAUGUGCGAUAAAACAAGAGUUCUUUACGGAGCUCGACAUCAAUGGAGCAACGGAGCACUUAACAUACAACAAAAAUCAAACAAAGUUAAAAUAAAAAAAACAAAACAAACAAAAAGCGAUCGAUUCGUGUCAACGAGUGACAGCUGGUUGUAAGAGGUGAUAAUUCAACAACAAGCGGCAUCGUAAGUGGUCCUUUGAAGGAAUAAGAAGUCAAGAGACCCAAAUCACACAAAGCAACCACGUAAUGAAAUUUUCUUACAAUGAUAAUCCAAACGAAGGCUGAAGUACACGUCCAUGUACGCGUUUUUGAUGAGUACUUUUCAAGGAAAUGAUUUAUUGCGCUGCAUUCAUGGCACCUUCCAAAUGAAUCCGAUAACAGCAAAGACAUAUUAAAAAGAGUGAUUGCCUUUUACAAUUAGACCAACAUUAUGAUCGGCAACUCCUCAUCUUUUCGUUUCCGCCUUCAAGUUUAUUUAAAAUUUUUCUCAUCUCGUAAAAGGAAUAGAAUUUAAUCAAGAGCGCGUGUUUACUUUAGAACGUUAACAGUCCUUCCUUGAUCAUCGUGUUUAGCGCACACUGAUCUUGUCCAAUGGAGGAAAACUUAAGGGCCAGAUUUGCGAGAAAGUAAUUUCCUGUCAUUAAAAAGAUUAGCAUAAGGAGGUAGUGCAGAGUGAGGCAAGUUCAACUGAAUAUUUAUGUUUUCGUUAGCCGGUACUUAAGCAUAUGCACGUCAAAAGAAACACGUGCUAAAAAGAGCCGCAUUUAAACCCUGAUUUUCACUAACACUCAUCAUGAAACAGGCAAACGGUACAAGGAAUCUUCCUUCUUGGGAAAAGCUACCGGACCUCCUGUCUUCUAACGAACCUUUGCUUAACACGGAUACAGAAAAUAGCUCAAAUGCGGGUACUAUGGCUGUUGUGAUCUUUCUGGUAUUAAUUGCGCUUGUAUCAGUAUUGGGCAACGCUCUUGUCCUCACCGCAAUCUACACGAACUAUAGUCUACGAAAUGUGGGUAACGCUCUUUUCGGAAACCUUGCAGUGUCGGACUUUCUUCAAGGAGGAAUCGCAAUACCUUGUCGUAUUGUUGUUCUUUUGCAACCGAAUUCCUAUUUCAGCAUGUCAAUGUGCCGGGCCUCGAUAGCUCUAUCCAUCCUCUUCGGGGGCAGCUCAAAUCUUAACAUUCUAUUCAUCAGCAUUGAGAGAUUUAUCGGUGUUCGAUGGCCUUUUCUUUAUUACUCUUUUGUUUCAGCAAAAGUAAUUUCCUCAGUCAUCUUGUCGGCGUGGAUUUUGUUAGCCCUUUUUGCGAGUCUACCUUUGUUUGCUUGGGGUGGGCAAACACAUCUCCAAGCGGAGUUCUGUUCUUUUACUUUGUUUCUUACUAAGGAUUACAUUGCCGCAGUCUACCUGCUCAUUAACAUCUUGCCAUCAGUUAUCAUAGUAUUUUUGUACAUUUUCAUUCUCAAGGCCAGUUUGCGAAGUAUUCAGAAAAUUCAUAUUCAGGAGCGUAGCGUCCGAUCAUCAGUACGUACAUGCAACCAAGAGGAUAAUGGUGACAUUUGGGAAACUGACGGCACCGCUCCUCAGGUGCGAAAAAACAAAACCACCGAGGCAGCAAGGCAAAGAAAGUCCGCCAAAACUGUAUCGCUCAUUGUCGGUCUGUUUAUUGUGCUGAUAAUGCCUAUUGUCAUACUUGAUAUUGUGGACAUGUGCGGAGGUCUUAAAGUGUCUCCCCUAGUUGUCAGAAUAACUGUUGGGAUGGCCUAUGCCAACCAUUGUGUGAAUGUUUUCGUGUACGCAGGCUGUAAUGGAGACUACAAGCGGGCAUUUGCAAAGAUUUUAUCAAGAAUCAAAGCAAAAUUUACAGGAGUACGCCAUUAG